AUGGGAAUCCUUACACCACUACACGAGCCUUGCUACCUUCAGAUCCAAGACUGUCGGCUCGCAUCGCUUGCACCACCUCCGCUGCCCAGUUUCAACGCCAAGAAGAAGAAGGAGAAGAAUGCUGCUUCUGAGAAGAAGAAACAAGUGUCCUUCAAUGGCACUGUCAGAUUUCAAAUUCUUGAGAAGCACAAGAGCUCUAGGGAGAGUUGUAGUGACGAUGACUCUUCGGCCUCGGAUAAAAGCUCUAUUACGGUGCGUCAAACAAGAAGACGACGACGGCGAAGGAGGAAACCCAAGGUUACCGUCCAAAGAGUACUAGCUCAACAAGCAAGGGAACUCAAAAAGUCAGGUUUCGUCAACCCAUACUCACUUGCAGAUUUGAGCGCAAUACAUUCUUCCAUCUUUGCCGAAAAGGCGUACAUGACAGCCUUGCCGGUAUUGUGA